ACACAGACAGAACACAACAACCAGAGAGAGAAGAGAGAGAAAAGUUUCUUCUCUGCGUUAAGUUGGUCCAGUCAGUGGCAGUGCAUAUAAGGUAUUUUUCACACACACAGUGGAUCAGUGAUGGAUCUCCGGAUCCUGUUCGCUCUCAUUUGUUUGUCUGGUUUUGUCUGUGCUACAAAAACCGAAGAAACCCGAUCUUCUGAUGUCACGGACCUGGCCUUCAGAAACACUGACUUCGCCAUCAACCUUUAUCGCAAGAUAUCGCGUUAUCACGACAAUAACAUUGUCAUCUCACCGCUUAGCAUCUCCACGUCUUUCGCAACGCUCUUACUGGCGGCCCGCGACGUGACACGCAGUCAGAUCGUGCGUGGGCUGAAUCUCGAGCCUCUGGAUGAAGAUGUUAAAGUUAUUCCUGAAUUAUUCCGGGAGCUCCUGAGGAACAUCAGCAUCCUGCAACAGAGCACAGCGCUGUUUGUGCACCAGCAGUUUCAGCUCGAGGCGCUCUUCAGCGACCACAUGAAGAAAUACUUCGGCGGGGACGUCAUCACCGUCGAUUUCGGCAAGACUGACCGCAGCAGGGACAUCAUCAAUGAUUACGUCAGCACAAAAACCGGCAAUAAGGUGCGUGAGAUGGUGAAGAGUAUCGCGCCGCUGACCCAGAUGAUGCUGAUCAACACCAUCUAUUAUAAGGGUGACUGGCAGCGUCCUUUCAAUCCGAACAGCACUGAAAUGGGUCGCUUUUAUAUCGACAAGUACAAUGUCGUCGAAGUUCCGAUGAUGUUUGCGGAGGAUAAAUUCUUUACGACCGAAGACGCUGAGGUAGGAGUGCGCGUUCUUCGGCUGCCGUAUCGUGGUGAUGCGGCGCUACUGAUCGUCCUGCCCGACUCGUCUGCAGAUUAUACCGUAAUAGACGAUGAAAUCAACGCUGAAAGAGUUUUCAGAUGGAUCAAAAACAUGAAGCGAGUAAAGAUGGAGGUUCAUCUGCCCAAGUUUCAGAUGGAGCAAAGGUACGCAAUGCAUGAACUUCUACCUCAUCUGGGCAUCAAUAGUGUUUUUAUGGACUCUGCAAAUCUCACAGGCUUGAGUAAAGAUGUGGGCGUAAAAGUCUCACAGGUGAUGCAUACUGCCGUGAUAGCGGUGGAUGAAACCGGCACGACUGCAGCUUCUGCAACAUCUGUGGGAAUCACAGCUUAUUCUUUACCAGCCACAUUCAGAGUCAACCGACCGUUCUUCUUCUUCCUGUACCAUGAAUCCACUCGCAGCCUGUUGUUCACGGGAAGAGUGAUUGACCCCACAAAAAACUGAGCGUCUCCGUCUCUAACCUAUACACUAAACACGCUCAAAAUAAACAGUGAGCAUCGGCUGGCGUGAGGAGAAAUCCCAUUAAAAACAGAAAUUUGUUCUGAUCAGACAAUAAAAAUAAAAAACACACAAUUUACCUUCUAAGAAUCAAAGAUAAAAUAAAGUGAGGUUAUUGUC